ACUACUCUACGCGGUAAACAGAGAGGAACCGCGCCGCACCGCAACGCCCUAGUGUGCGCAGACAUUUAAGUUGAGUAUAGCAUUCUUCCUUGUUACCAUUGAUUUCAUUCGAAUCAAAAAAACAUUAGAAAACGUAUCUUGUAACGGCAAUCUUUCUCAAUUUAAACGCAUUAUUUAAAUCAAAAUAGUUGACGUCGUUUCAAAAAAGCUUAUCUUAAAGUCUGCAUCUAUUUCAUUGGAGUUUCUGCUAAGUCAUUUAUUGAUUUCAGGGAUGUGUCAUCGCGUUAUUUUUAUUUGCUCAUAGUUUGGGGAAAUGAAAAAACCACAUGUGGCCAAACAGAAAUAACUUUGGGAAUCUAUAAAAUCGAUAAAAUAUACCAAUAAACAAAAAUAUACCAUUGAGGAAAUACCUAGCUGAUAAUAUACGUAAAAGUAUAUAAAAUACCAUUUUUGUCACGCUGGCAUAUCCGUAGUUGGAAUGGUGGCCGGACUUCUGUGAGAAUAUGCUAUUAUGGAUUAUCUAUCAAAGGUCUUGUGUAUGGAUAUCUUAUCGCAUGAACAAAAAUGGGUAGAAGGAAGUCUAAAAGAAAGCCCCCGCCAAAAAGGAAAAACAUCGAGCCACUUGAUCAACAAUUUAAUUGCCCAUUCUGCAACCAUGAGAAGUCGUGUGAAGUUAAAAUGGACAAAGGCAGGAACACCGCAAAAAUAACUUGUAGAGUGUGCCUGGAGGACUUCCAAACUGGAAUUAAUUUCCUCUCAGAACCUAUAGAUGUUUACAAUGAUUGGGUGGACGCCUGUGAAACUGCAAAUUAAUUAGAAUUUAUGUUUAGUUGGUUUCUAAUUUUUAAAUCUAUGAUUUACUGUUAGUUUUACGAAAUUUAAUAAAUAGAGUUUAAAUUGAACCGUAA